AUGUCGCCGGCCCGCGUUCCCCUCCCGCCCCUUUGGAAGGCGGGACCCGACGGCUCCUGUGCGUGCGCGCGCCUCCCGCCCGCCUGGAAGGAAGCGCCGCCCACCCCGCACGGGCGCCAGGCAGGCCGGGACGGAGGGGCGGGGCCAGCCCGGGGGCGGGGCCGGAGGGCUCACCCAGGGUUCCGCCCCUCCUCCGACCGAAAGGGGCGGGGCCGGUUGCGUUUGCUCGCACCGCAGGCAGCAGCCCCACCGGUGCCGCCCGCCCUCCCGCCGCCCGCCGCUGGCCUCCUGCCCAAUCCGGGGACGCCGGAGGCCGCGCCCGGCCGGCCCGAAGGUCGCGUAAGGGCGCCGGCGGGACUCCGGGGCUCCUCCGACGACUGCGUCACUAGCGCGGGGGCCUCCCGCCAGCGGCCAUCCCGGCAGCUCUUGGGCGGAGGAGGCGAUGUGAUGGCGAGCGAGCCUCCCGUCGCCGCCGCCGCCGCCGCCGCCGCCCCCCGCGGCACCCGCAGCAGCGCCCGCCUGACCUCCGGCCCCUGGAAGCGCCCGGCCCGGCCCGCCGCCGCCUCCCCCCCGCCCGGCCCCGGCGCCUCCCCCGCCGGCUGGCCCCGCUUCUGGGAAGGGCAGGACGUGCUGGCGCGCUGGACCGACGGGCUGCUCUACCUGGGCACCAUCAAGAAGGUGGACGCCCUCCGGCAGGUCUGCCUGGUGCAGUUCGAGGACGACUCCCAGUUCCUGGUCCUGUGGAAGGACAUUAACCCGGCGGCCGUCCCGGGCGAACAGCCCUCCUGCAGCGUCUGCCGCUCCGACACCUCCAGCCCCGAGAACCGCCUGGUCAGGUGCGACAAGUGCAGCCACGUUUACCACCAGGAAUGCCACCUGCCCCGCGUGCUCAGCGACGUCGCCUGGACGUGCCGGCAAUGUGUCUUUGCCGUGGCCACCAAGCGCGGGGGGGCCCUGAAGAAGGGGCCCUACGCCAAGGCCAUGCUGGCCAUGAAGCUGGUGCUGCCCUACCAGCUGAAGUCCCUCGACUGGGAUGCCGAGCACCUGACCAACCGGCAGCAGUGCUACUGCUACUGCGGAGGCCCCGGCGAGUGGAACCUCAAAAUGUUGCAGUGCUGCCGUUGUGGGCAGUGGUUCCACGAGGCCUGCACCCAGUGUCUCAGCAAGCCCCUCCUGUACGGGGACAGGUUCUACGUCUUUGAAUGCUGCGUCUGCACUAUGGGCCCCGAGAGCGUCCGGCGCCUGGCCCUGCGUUGGGUGGACGUGGCCCACCUCAUCCUGUAUCACCUGAGCAUUUGUUGCAAGAAGAAAUAUUUCGAUUUUGAGCGAGAAAUCCUGCCUUUCGCCAGCGAGAACUGGGACAGCCUCCUGCUGGGAGAGCUCUCCGAGACCCCCAAAGGAGAACGGUACAACCAGCUGCUGAGUGCCCUGACCAGCCACAAGGACAGAUUCAUCUCGGGGAAGGAAAUCAAGAAACGAAAGGGGCUCUUUGGUCUGCACCUGCGAGUCCCACCCCCCGCCCCCCAAGCCCCAGAGCACCCUGGGCCACCCCUUCUCUCUGAGAGCAGCUUGCUUUCAGGGCAGGGCAGGCGUGGGUCGGGGCCGCAGCCCAGGAGGGACAGGUGCCAUCGCCCGAAGGCUCCGGGGGCAGCCUUGAGCACGGAGCAGCGCAGCGCCAGGGAGAGGGAGCGACUGGGCAGGGCCCUCACUCAGGAGCUGGCACAGAGCCCGGUCAGCCCUAACCAGAAUUACAGCGGCUACGGCGGCACCUGCAGCACAUACAACUUCCGCCGCACCGAUGCCCGCUGCCAGGACAGCGCUCCGAUCCGGAUGUUUGCCUCCUUCCAUCCCUCGGCCAACACCGCAGGGACCUUGAGCAGAAGCGGUGAGCCCCCCCUUGAUACUUGCGUGGCAGCCACCCCCGCCGCAGAGCAGCAGAGUCCGGAACACCCAGCCCCCGCCUUCCUGCCCUGCCCGACACCUCCCCUCAAACGCAGAACCGUGCCCCCUCCCCCGCCCCCUGCCAUGCCCUCUGCCCUCUGCGCCCCGGCCAGCAGCAGCUACUAUGGGGCGAUGGGCCGGCUGGCGCGGGGGGAGGCUGUCCGCAUCCUGGCCCGUCGCAUCGCCACGGACGGCACCGUCCAGUACCUGGUGGAGUGGGACGGGCGGGGCAUGUUUUAG